AUGAAUCUUCCAUGUGUAUAUGUAAACCCAUCGAAAUUGUUCUCAUGUUUUCGUCUCCGUUUCGUACGACAUCUGUCUUAUAUUAAAUCGGCGACAAUCGAUAACGAGGUACAUAUUUUAACGUUGAAUAAUCCUACGAGUGCUAAUUCACUUUCUUUGCCGUUGAUGAAAGAACUUCUCAUGGUUUUGGAUUCGAUCAAGUUGUCGCAGAAUAUUAAAGCUUUAGUGAUCACUGGUGAAGGAGGAUUUUUUUCUUCUGGACAUAAUCUUCACGAGGUUAUCAAAUUUUCUGAUACAAACUCUAAAAAAGUCUUUUCAACAGCAUCAGAAAUUAUGGAGAAAUUAACAGAAUUUCCUAUACCAUCGAUAGCAUCUGUAAAUGGUCCUGCUGUCGCUGGAGGUUGUCAAUUAGUUGCAGCUUGUGACUUAGCGAUAUCAGCCAAAUCUGCGAUAUUUUCAGCCAGUAGUAUUAAGCUAGGAUUAUUUUGUAGUACACCUGGUGUGUCAUUAGUUCGAGCGAUCGGGUUACGAGCUGCUAAUGAACUACUUUUAACAGGCAAAGCUAUCAGUGCUGAUAGAGCCUACGAAUUGGGUCUUGUUCAUCGUGUAGUUGAAGAUGAUAAACUAUAUGAAGCGUCUAUUGAAUUCGCCAAAGAAAUUACUCAACAUAAUAAAGAUGUUGUACAGUUAGGUCGAGAAACACUUCACAAACAAGCUUCUAUGCCAUUAAUGGAUGCUUAUGCAAUAGCUUCAGAUGCGAUGGUAAAAAAUUUACAAUUCAAUGAUACCAAACAACGCAUUCAAUCAUUUUUAAAUCGGAAGAAAUAA